AUGGUUGAUGCAGCAGUACUGAAUAAUACAAGUUCAGUUGGCUUAGGGGCUAUUAUCCUUUCAAAAGAUAGAAGGGUGAGGGCAGCAGUUUGCAAGCCUCUCAAAGGAAGUAUCUCUGUAAUACAAGCGGAGACCUUGACACUUUUGUUUGGACUUAAUUGGGCUCUUUCAUGCGGAAUCCAAAUUAGAGAGGUUUUUUCCGAUUCUUUGUCUCUAGUCACAGCUAUAAACAAAGGAAAGGUUUUUUUCAACGAGCUGGGUGUGCUAUUUGAGGAUGUCAUAGCUUUAUUGUCUAAACUCCCGAGAGCAGUUUUGUCCCAUGUGGCUCCGAAUGCAAAUUCUGCAGCACAUGAUGAACAUGGACAAGUUAAAAGAACAUGCUCAUCAUCAAAUCAAAAUAUGCAUCAUUCAACAACUUUUUCAUUAGAUGCUACAAGCACAAAUAAUGCUAUUACUGAUUUUGAUGAUGAAGACUCAAAUGAGGAAUUUCAGACCAUACAACUCAAUGAUAAAGAAGAGCACCGAACUAACGGACUUCAAAGAAUCACAGAUGUACAUCCAAGUUUUAUGCCUAUGACAUAUCCAUUGAAACACCUUUAUGGUGAAGAUGAAUAUAGGCUUCGCAUACCUUUUAGAGGUGAACUUGAGAACGAAUCUGAUACAAAAAAGUUGACAAUGAGACAAUACUAUUGCUUCAGGUUGCAGCAAAGACUAAAUGAGGGGCACACUCUUCUUCAAGCUGGUAGAUUAUUGCAACAAUAUAUAGUAGAUUGUGACAUGGCAAUUAAAGAAGAAAGGUUUAGAUGGAUACGAAAUAACCAAAGACAACUUAGAUCAGAACUUUACUCUGGUUUAAUGGAUGUUGUUCAUAGAGGUGAUUCAGAUUGUUCAAAAGUUGGAAAAGCAAUUAUUUUGCCUUCGUCACACUGUGGGGGACCCCGAUAUAGAAUACAAAAUUAUCAAGAUGCUAUGGCCAUUUCUAAAUGGGCAGGAUACCCAUAUUUAUUUCUUACUUUCACUUGCAACCCAAAGUGGCCAAAAAUGAAUGACAUGCUCAGUUUAAUUAGUCAAAAAGAUAAUGCUAAUAGAGUGGAUGUUAUAUGCAGAGUUUUUGAGAUAAAGUUAUUUCAACUAAUGGAAGAUUUGAAAAACCAACAACUAUUUGGAAAAAUAAUUGCAUCAAACCAUAUUGAUAAAAUAAGUGCAGAAAUUCCAGACAGAAACAUUGAUCCAGAUGGUUAUAAUGCAAUCAACAAAUUUAUGAUUCAUGGACCGUGUGGAAAGCUCAAUCCUCACUCCCCAUGUACUCAUGUCGAAAAGAAAGGUGUAUUCCUAGAUAAUCGAUAUGUAGUUCCUUACAAUAGGAAUUUGAUUGUAAAGUUUGAUGCACAUAUUAAUGUUGAAAUUUGCAAUUACUCAAGAUCAAUCAAAUACCUUUUCAAAAAGCCAGCAGUUGAAAGAUUGUUGUUUCAUUUACCAGGAGAGCAUACAGUGAUAUUUGAUGAAACUAAAUGUGUAAACGAUGUAUUUCGCCAACCUGGAAUAGAAAAAACAACGUUUACUGAAUGGUUAGAGACGAACAAAAUUCAUGAAGAUGCACGAGAGCUAACAUAUGUUGAUUUCCCUACAUGUUGGGGGUUAUUAGAUGAUGAUAAAGAAUGGACGGACUGCUUGACUGAAGCUGUAAUAUGGCAACUGGAGCAGAAUUAA